UUUACUUUCAUUCACAAAACUUAAAACUCAACAGCAAGAGCUCGCCUGCCGCUGACACAGUGUGCUGAAUUGAUCUUUUUAAGUUAAUUUCCUUGUUAUUUAUUUGUACGCUACUGGAAAGUUAACGGGGAGAAGUUUUUGGCGAGCUGUCCCGGUGAAGUCUCAUCACCAGGCGGACGAGGUUGAGCGCGAGUGUCUAUUUGGGGGGUGUGACAGCACUCUCCAUACAGCUGUGCCGGGAUUGUUUAUGAGUUGAACAGGUUGCUAUACGGAGCGUUAGGAAAGGAAACACACCCGCAUGUUCUGGAGACACACACGGGCUCUGACCGCCCGGCUGCAGGACGAGUUUUUGGUCAGAACCGCUGCCUAAAAUUCGAGUUAAAUGAGCUCCAAGCUCGCGCGACCGGUUCGAUAAAGUGUUGGCAUUUAUCCAUCAAACAUGGCAACUAUGAGAAGUAGAAGGCUUGUGUAUGACAUGAAUGACAAACAGGACAGGCCUUAUAUGUGCGGCGCCCCGGGCUGCUCUCAGACCAUUAUGACUUGGUUAGUCAGCUACAAGAGGCGUCAGCUGAUUCUCCUGAACAUCUCAUCCCAUGUGUCAUGUCAUGCAGCUGCACGCAUCUCUUCAUAUCUUUCUCACUCUGUCGGUGUGAUGCAGCGCUUCCAGCUAGAAGAGCACCUGGUCAUCCACAGACGCAAGCAUGAGAUGUCCCUCAAGUUCUCCUCCAUCAAGGCGGACACGGCUUUUACAGACCAGACUCCGACACCAACACGAUUUUUGCAGAACUGUGAAGAAGUUGGUCUGUUCAAGGAGAUAGAGGAAGAGUUUCUUCAAGCACAAGAAGAAGAAAAGAGCAAACAGACGCUUUCUCACAAUGGGCCGUCCUGUAUGAACCAGCAGCAGCUCAAAUCCCAGCUUCAGCAACAGCACCCACAUCCCCAGCCACCGCUGCACCAUCCCCAGACCCACCCCCUGCAGCACCCUCAGUCCCAUGGCCCCAUGAUGGGCGCCAGCUGCAGCCUGGCUGCCCAGCAAGCGCUGUCCUCCCCGCAGUCCGGAUCCGUCAUCACCCAGGCUUCUUCCACCCUCACACACUCAGGGCCGGUUCCCGGGUCGCUGUCCUCCCUCCUCCACAUACGGAACAGACACAGACAACCGCUGCCAGCCUCCUUACCUGGCACGCUUCCAGACCCCGCCAUGCAAGGGGCAUCUGCUCAGCACAUGCCCAUAGAGAAGCAAAUGUCGUGUGUAAUGGGUAUACCAGGUCCCGUACACAACCACGCCUGCUGCUCGCCUCAGAGAUCCAAACAAUCGCUGGGCCAUCAUUUCCAACAGCACCACCCAGCAUUGGUCACCAUCAACAACCCUGUGACAUCCAUGGGUCACAUGAUGGAGAUGAUGUCACAGCGUCAUCAGGCUCCUCCACUACAGCACCACCAUCAUCCUCAUCAUCCGCAGCUUCCAGCUCCGCCCCUCACCUUCCAACAGCAAUGCCACGAUCCGCCUCCGCAGCACCUGGGAAGCCCCCACAGCCACCACGCUCAGGCUCACCAAGCCCCGCCUCCCCAUCUGCACCAGGGUUCGCCUCCUGCACAACCCCUAUCUGCUCCACAGUUAUCACCAGUUGCACAGCAGAUGCUGCCCUCCCAUUCAUCCCACUCCCAGCAUGCAGGUAGUAGUAGCUGCAGCAGCAGUGGAGGAGGAGGAGGAGGAGGAGGCAGCAACCGCCGCAGGAGGUCGGCAGAGCAGGACCCUGACGAGCGCAGGCAGAAGUUUCUGGAGCGUAACCGGGCUGCAGCCACCCGGUGCCGACAGAAGAGGAAAGUGUGGGUGUCGUCGCUGGAGAAGAAAGCUGAAGAGUUGACGCAUACAAACCUGCAGCUACAGAACGAGGUGACGUCAUUACGGUCGGAGGUGGGUCAACUAAAGCAGAUUCUGCUCACCCACAAGGACUGUCCUGUCACCGCCCGGCAGAGAGAGACACAGGGGUACCCCACUGCAGGGGUGAGUCCAGGAGGAAGUGCCACCCCUGUAGGUCCUGGGUCUCAUCCGCAGGCCGUCCAACACGACAGCAUCUCCACAUCCUCAACAGCUGGAGGCGACACAGGGCACGACCCCAAGCCUGGACGCUAACCCUCGCCACAUAGACGAGAGGGUGGGACUGGAUGGCUGAAUUACCUUUCUGUCAUAACUGCACUCAGCAUGUGUGUCUUUACAGUGUGGAUAAAAUGCUGAACUGGAUAGGUGAAUCUAUAAAUCCAUGUGUAUUUUUAAACAUCAUUGUUGUAUCUUUCUGGUUUGAGACACCAGAACCACAUACGGUUUACAUUUCCACAACAGAUGCAAAAAUGACCUUUUCUGUAAUCGUUACACGGCAACUGGAUCCUGACUGUUUCUGUUCACAACAAUCUAACCAUUGCCUGCUACCCACUGACUCUGCACUUAUACAAUCAUAACAUUUCAUCGUCUGUUGCUCUUAUAUCUUGCACUAAUUAAAAAGAAAACCAGCCUAUACUUUAGUUGUAUGCUCACCUUAUGCCUUCUCUUUUGAUGCAGAAGCAGCUUGUCAAAAAUAUGUAUUUUUCUACAAAUAAUUCAUGGAAAGCCAUUUAAAACAGAUUUUCUUUAACUGCCCUAAGACAAUUAAUAACUAUAAACUGCACCUCAUGUCUCAAUCCUUGUCAGGUAAUAAAACAAAAAAUCUUAUUCUGGUAUGUUCAUGUUUUUAUUUUCUAUCUUUAAAAAUAUUUUCUAUGAUAUAAAAUCUGUCAGAUUUAAUUGAACAAUGAAAUGAUUUUUUGUUUCUGUACAUACAGUAUGGUCUAGUGUGCCAUCUAGUGACUGGUUGUGUUAGUGGUAGAUGACCAUAAUAACUGGAGUGGUCAGAAAAGUAUUUUUUAU